CGCCCCGGCUUUGCGGGAGCUUUACAUGCGCUCUCCCCACCCCAGGGCAUGGCCAGAGAGCAGGGCUGGUCAGACAGUGCCCCCAGACCCUGGGCUGGGGCCCCCACGCGGGAGAUCAGCUGAAGCCCACGUUCUGGGCCGUGGCCUUUCGGUGCAGCUCGCAGGGGCCUACCCGGGGCGCCUCGGGACAUGCCCUUCAGUGGAGCCUAGAGCCCAGGACUGAAAUAGUGCUGGAGUUGCAGAGCUGCCCCACACAAGAAAGACUCUCUGCAGCUCUUCUGAGAGUGAAAUCUGUGCUGGGACAUGGAGGACAGCUUUCCCCCAGAGGAGAUCAGGUCUGGGCCAAGGCAUUUUCAGCUGUCUAAGACCAGCAUGCGGAGCGAGGAGAAGAGACUGAGGACUUUCCGGCAGUGGCCAGAGAGCUCACCUGUUUCUGCCACAGACCUGGCUAAGGCUGGCUUUUUCUUCUUGGGUCCUGGUGACCGAGUGCAGUGCUUCUGCUGUGGUGGUAUCUUGAGGAGCUGGGAGGCUGAGGAUCAACCCAUGCGAGAGCACCAAAAAUUUUUUCCUACCUGUAAAUUCAUCUGUGGUGAAGAUGUUGGCAACCAGCGGAUGCUCCCCUUUCUGGAGAUCUUAGACUAUGUGGAUGGGCAGAUCCUCAGCCUCCUACAGAGGAUGGAUGUGGAAGAGACGGCCUUACCCAGUCAACCAGAAUACCCGGAGAUGGAAACCGAGGCGAUGCGACUAGCCACUUUCCAGAGCUGGCCACCAUACACAGAGCUGUAUCCUGAGCAAUUGGCCAGAGCAGGGUUCUUCUAUACAGGUCAAGGUGACACUGUGAGGUGUUUUUACUGUGAUGGCAGCUUGAGGAACUGGGAGCUUGGAGAUGACCCCUGGAGGGAACAUGCCAAAUGGUUUCCAAGGUGUGAGUUUUUGCUGCAGUCAAGGGGCAGAGACUUUGUUAGCAGCGUUCAGGACUCUGACUUCAACACUCCGGUAGCUCCAGGAGGCUUCUGGCAACAGGCUGAACAAGAUCCCCCUGCACCCCAAGAUUCUGAGGGGAAUCGGGAAUUGUCAUCUCCUCCUGUGGAUCAGUCUUCCAUAGUGCAGGAUGUCCUGCAGAUGGGCUUUGACCACAGCUUGGUGAUGAGCUUGGUGCAGAGUAGACACCUGCUGACUGGCACCUGCUACUUAUCUGUGUCCGAACUGGUCUUGGAUCUGCUUCAGGUAGAUGGGGAAGAAAGCAGCAGUGCAGAAGAAAGAGAGCGUGCGGAGAGGGAGACAGGUGUGCCAGGACAAAGACGAGACGCACAGGCCGAGUGCUCAAAAGAAUCAGCAGAACUUCCACUGAGUACAGAGGAGCAGUUGCGACGGUUGCAGGAGGAGAGGAUGUGCAAAGUGUGCAUGGACAAAGAUGUGUCCGUUGUCUUUGUUCCUUGUGGCCACUUGGUGGUGUGUGUGGAGUGUGCCCCCAGCCUGAGACGGUGCCCCAUCUGCAGAGCGGUCAUCCGGGGAAGUGUGAGGACUUUCAUGUCCUGAACCAUGAGAAUCUCCAGUCUCUGACCUCCACUGAGGGCAGCCCCUUUUCCAACGCAGAAGGUGCUGCACGAGGAUAUCUCACUAGAAAUGAUGUCACUAGCAGUCUGGGUUACUGAACAACCUCCCAGAAGUGUCCUGCAGAGCUUCUUCCAUGCCUGUCAGGAAACAUCCUUUUGCUGGAAGAUGACCAUGGAAAAGUUCAUUCCUAAAUUUUUCCAUUUACAGGAUGAGUGGUAACUUCUUUUAGUUUAAAAUCUGAUGAUUCUUGUCUGGAAUUGUGAUUUUAUUUUUUAAGAUAUUGUUAGAUCUUGGAGCAGAUAAAGGAAAGUUUGCCUGCAGAGUAAUUUAUUCAUGGGUUUGAAAAAAUGAUUUGCUAAGUCUGUAGAUUUAUACUUCACAUUUUGGAAUAAAAGCAUCUUCUGUUACCUUU